AUUAUUCGUCGACUGGAUUAUUAGCGGACACACUUUUUCAGCGUUUCUCCUCUGCUCUACGUCUAGGCCUGACUCGGUAGAAAGCUAUAGAGUCUAGGAUUGACUGUUUUACAUCACCAACAGGCAAGCACUUACUGUCGAUUCAAAUAUUGAAAUCGUCCGAGGUGACCAUGGAUUAUUUCGCGGACGAUGCAUCCGUGGCCGACCACUCGGUUGGUUCGUUGGCAGCUAUCGAAACAAACGCUGGCGGCGCACCACGUCGCAAGGAAGAAGAAAAGGUGGAGGAUGAACAAUCCCCGGAUCGCCUAGUGGAAAAGAAAUCACGAUCUGUGGCCUGCACCAAAUGGUUGCUUCUUUUUCUGCUGGUGGUGUCAGGUAUCUUUCUUACGGUUAGCACCUUCGUAACGACGAAAGAAACGCGCGUUGAGGACAGCGGACGUAGCGAUGCGACUACAUACGCAAGCGUCGUCGCGGGAAUUUUUUCGGUCUUGAUUAUGGUAUUUUUACGAUACGACUAUCUCGUCGCGCGCCGGCAAUCGUUAGUAAUAGAUAUGGCAAAGCGAUCAAAAACUAUUGUCGAUUCCUUGUUUCCAAGUAUGGUUCGUGAGCGACUCCUUCAGGACAACUCUGGUCAGUUCAGUAUUAUUUCUGCGGAGGAGCCGGUCAGUUUUUCAGAGCUCACGAAGAUCAACACUCUUGCCAACAAGAAUAUAAGCGAGUCUGAUCCGAUUCGCAUGCCUCAGCUUCAAAGCAAGGCGACUUUAAAAUCGGUUCGUGAAAGUGAAGGAGCAGCUCUAGAUCAUCGUAGCUCGCAGCCUAUUGCUGAUUUAUACAAAAACGCAACUGUUUUAUUUGCGGAUAUUGCUGGCUUUACAGCCUGGAGUGCAGAGCGCGAUCCCCCGCAAGUUUUCAAACUUCUGGAAACGGUUUAUGCCGAAUUCGAUUCCAUUGCUGAAAAGCUCAAGGUCUUUAAGGUCGAAACUAUUGGGGACUCCUACAUGGCAGUGACAGGGGUUCCCGAGCCAGAUCCAGAUCAUGCUGUUACUAUGGCCAAGUUUGCCUACCAAUGCCUGGUAAAGAUGGAUGGUGUCACAUCUGACUUGGAGACUCUGCUCGGGUCUGGCACCAAAAACUUACAUGUCCGCGUUGGGUUGCAUUCUGGGCCAGUGACUGCCGGAGUGUUGCGAGGACAAAAGUCUCGGUUCCAGCUUUUUGGCGAUACUGUUAACACCGCUAGUCGCAUGGAAAGUACGGGCGAAAAGCGUCGUAUUCAGGUUAGCUUAGAAACUGCAGAACUUUUGAUUGCUGCCGGAAAGAUGCAUUGGGUAAAAGAACGUCAAGAUCAAAUUGUUGCCAAGGGAAAAGGUCAAAUGCGUACUUUUUGGUUGGAUCCUCACAAGAAGUCGAAGCCGUCCGGCGAAGACAAUUGUCGAAUAGCCGCAAAAAAUGGGUCAGUAGCGCAAGCUUUUAAACACACGCUUGUCCGACAAACGCUCCUGACAGAUGCCACUUACGUUAGUCCAUGGGAUCGAAGGCUGUCCGAAGACAAAUAUGGUCGCUUGAUUGACUGGAAUACGGACAUUUUCCUUGAGCAUCUCAGUAGAGUAAUGGCCUAUCACCAUUCGGGAAGAGGAGAAACUCGAUCAGUUAAAACAGUCAAUCAUCGUGACGAAGACGCUGAAAUGCCUCCACCCUACAAUUCAGUGGCGGACGUUAUUUUCUUGCCGGCUUUUGACCCAAAUGCUCGGCAUCAGCCUCCCAUGGACACUGAGCUAGCUAAAGUCCGUAUUCUUUUGCGCGAAUUCAUCGCUGACAUUGCCGCCUUGUACAACGACGUACCGUUUCACAACUUUGCGCAUGCAUCUCAUGUAACGCUAGCGGUUAGCAAAAUAUUGAGCCGCAUUGCAAAAUUGAAGGACUGUGACGAAAUGGAGCGGCAUGAAAUAUCCUACGGUAUCAGUUCGGACCCACUGACGCAGUUUUCUGUUGUAUUUUCUGCGCUCGUACACGAUGUUGGGCAUUCCGGCGUCCCGAAUUCGCAGCUUGUUGUCGAAGAAGCGGAGGUAGCGCUACAGUUUCGAAACAGGUCUGUGGCGGAACAGAACUCGGUCGUGCUAGCAUGGAAGCUGUUAAUGCAACCCAAAUACCAGCGCCUUCGCAUGUGCAUUUACAAAACCAACGUCGAGCGCAAGCGUUUCCGCCAAGUUAUGAUCAACUGCGUCAUGGCCACGGAUAUAUCGGACCGCGAGAUCAACCAAUUUCGCGUACGCAAAUGGGACAAAGCCUUUAAGAAUACUGAUAAAAAUACGGACAGACGCGGUCUAGGUGGGAAAAUGACACGGGACGAAAUCAAUCGCAAGGCGACAGUAGUCUUGGAAUGUAUUAUUCAAGCAGCCGACAUUGCCCAUACAAUGCAACACUGGCACGUUUACCGUAAAUGGAAUGACAAGCUGUUCGAGGAAAGGUAUAAGGCCUACUUAAGCGGAAGGGCUAGUUUUGAUCCUGCUGAUAAUUGGUUCGCUGGUGAACUUGGCUUUUUUGAUCACUACGUGAUUCCCUUGUCGAAACGUAUAAGUGAAAGCGGUAUUUUUGGGUUAGGAGCCGGUAGUGUGUACGAAACAAUGGCACGAGAGAAUCGUCAAGAGUGGGAACGCGAUGGUCAAGCAUCGCUGAGAGCCAUGAUUAAAUCCGCUCAUCAAAUAUCACUGUUUUCGGUAGAGGAAACUGACGAAAAUUCGCUUUUGGGGGACAAUGAUUCGGUCGAAGCCGUUAGGUGAGGUCGACAAGGAAGAAUCUCACCUGUAUGUUGGUUUGUCCAGGUUAAAAUGUUGUCUGGAAAAGUUGCGGAGUUGCUUUUGGUGGAAUCUGCAUGUUCGGAGUGUUUGAACAACAAGGGGGACAACACACCUAUCGACCUCACCAAUAGAUCAUAACCGUGCUUGCUAUUGUGUUGCUCUCGGGAGGUAUGGAAAGAAGAAAUGAAGAACAAAGAUUGCAUUUUAUUCCUUUUUCCUCAUGAAGGAUUGACAGUCGCGGUACGGUCCCUUCGAUAGGGACGGAUGUACGCAUGAAGCCAACGCAAAGGUCGUACCAAUUCAGUUGAGUUCUAACGAGUACAAGCUCUGAGCUGCUUGAGCUGUUAUCGUCCUGAUUUGUGAAGCCAAGGAAUAGCAGCGUCCUCAUUGAACGACGAGGGCGUUAUCAAUACAGAACUACUGUACAGUAUGGCGAUUCUUACCCGCCAGAUAACUAUUGGCACCUCGGGAACAAACAGCUAGAGGGCUAUCCAAUACCAUGAGUUUAGCCGUAUGCGCACUUUCGCAAAAGCCGGAAAAGUAGACUGCGGAUUCUGUAAAAACCCUGUUCCAUAU